AUGAAUAGGUCUCAAUUAUUAAGGCGGCCUGCUGUUAGGCUAGUUAUUAAGAGAGGUAGCACUAUCACGAAGGCCUUUCUAAGCAGGCACGGGCCCUCUAGCUACUACGGCCUGGCUAUAGGCCUUUAUUCCGGAUGUUUAUUUGGUAGUAAAUGGAUAGUACUGCUAGGGCCAUUAGACAAGCUACCUCCUGUUAAUCUUAUAAUUAUAAUUUGGUCUGCCUAUAAGGUUAUUUCGGCCUUAAAGCUAGAUAUAGCUAACUCUAAGGAUUUGUUUAUAUUUACUAUUACUUUUAAGCCCAAGUUUAAUACUAGUAUAUAUUUGCUAUUGCCUUAUCCAGAGCUUAUUAACGAAGGUUAUAUUACUUAG